AUGUCUUAUUCCGAAGGCACCGAGUACCUUGAUCGCUCACACAACGACGUGUCCCCCACCUCUCACGGCAAUAAACGGUUCAUGACACAACACGCAUCACCUUCACCCCAUCGCGUACUUGACUAUGCGACAUCCCAGGAUCAGUCGUCCUUUCGAGAUACUACAGCUGUAACCAGUAAUAGCUCGGUGCUAUUGCCAGCCUUUGACGCGCCACCACGCUUACAGCAGUCAGAAUUAUUCAAUACAUACCAAGAUGAUCGAAAUCCAAUAUUACCACAGUUACAACAAGUGUCUUUUGACACUCAACAUGAUACAUCAUCACUUUGGGAACAUCAUCAGCGGCAUUCAUCCGACAUCCCAUUGACACAACACGAAUCAAGACAUCAAGCGCCAUUGUUACCGAAUGAACAAGAGCACGGAUCACAUCCGGAUGCAAGAACCACAUCAUCCUACGAAUGCACAACAUCUUCACAACAACAUCACAACCAUCACAAAUGGUUCACUAGAGAUUUAUAUGGUAGCCAACAUGUGGAACGAGAUUUACCGCUACCUGUGAUCACCAGCAAUCAUCAUCGUACUAGGAAAAGGGCACCAAAUGCCUUUUUCGUUUUUAGCUCAGAGCAGCGGCCGAAGAUCCGAGCUGAGCAACCACGAAUACGUAGCUCGGAAUUGAAUCGACUUCUCGGACAAGAAUGGAACCGUCUCAGUGAGGAAUCAAAAAUGAGGUACAAGCACCAAGCACAAGUCCUCAAGCAACAAGAAGCAGAUAACAGUGAUUCCUCGUCUUCCAGUGUUGACAAGCCAUGGUCGUCACUCAAUGAAGAUGAUAAGAAUACAGAGCAAGUUUCUCAUAAUGCCGUCUUUGUGGCCAGCUAUCUACGAUGUACAGCGAGCAGUACUUGUGGUAGUAGCACCAGCAGCACCAGCAGUCCACCAAGUAGCAGUCCAAGCGAUUGGCCAUCAGGGCAACAAGAUAUCCAACAUGUAUCUGAAUCUCCAUCUCCUCAACCCAUAACCGGUGGGCGCAAUAUGGUCAACGUAGCAAGCCAUUCAGCAGCAGCAGAAGCGGAAGCAUUAGCCAACUUUGCAGAUGGCAGCCGACUCGCGUUGAAGUCUGAUAAUCACCUACCCGAGCGCGUCAAACGACCACCAAACGCCUAUUUGCUUUUCAACAGAGACAUGCGUCGCAAGAUCCUAUAUGAACAUCAUAACUUGGGUGUUGCAGAAAUAAGUAGGAUGAUUGGUGAACGAUGGAAAAACCUGUCUCAGGAAGAGAAGGCCCAUUACAACGAAGAAGCAGCCAAGUUAAAGCAACAACAUUUGGACGUGCACCCCAACAUGAUCUACAAUAGGCGAUCUAAGGCUGAACUUGCACGAGCAGGUUAUCGAUCUCGUCCAUGCAUCAAAAAGAGACAACAACAGCAAUCUCAAUCAAAAUCAAAACCUACACAAUUGGGACGUGAUCCACGUGGACGUAAAAAGAAACGACUUCACAACCCAACUGCUCCCAAGCAUCCAAUGUCGGGGUUUCUCUUUUUCUCAAUGUCUGUUCGUGGUGAAAUCGCAGCUCUGAUGCCUAAAGCCAACGUGGGACAAGUCAGUAAAGUUGUGGCCGAGAGAUGGCGCCAAAUGACAAUGGAAGAACGUAGUCCUUGGAAUAAAAAAGCGGAUGAGGACAAGGCUCGUUAUGCCCGUGAAAUUGGAGCAUUCAACGCUGCUGCUGCUUCUACUUCAACUCGUCAUGGAGACCAGCAACAUACGUCUGAUACAGCUAGAGCAGUUCAAGCACGACCUAAUUCACCCGUGGAACUUGAUAGUCAAACCAUUGCCACUGUAGCUCAAAUGGUCAAUCCUCCAAGAGACACUGAAAUUGCAUUACUACCAUCCUUAUCCGAAUCACAACAAUACCGCAUAUUGCCGGCUACACCACCACCCUCUACAACAUAA